AUGUCGUCUCGCAUGUGGGAGGUCGACCCGGAGACGAAGACAAAGCUCCUCCAGAUUUCCAAAACCAAUGGAAAUGAUAGGUGUUGCGACUGCGGCGCGCCCUCGCCCCAAUGGGCCUCCCCCAAAUUCGGAACCUUUAUCUGCCUAAACUGCGCCGGGACACAUCGCGGUCUAGGCGUACACAUCUCCUUCGUCCGCUCAAUCACCAUGGACGCCUUCAAGCACGCCGAGAUCCAGCGCAUGGAACUAGGCGGCAACGAGCCCUGGAAAACAUUCUACGACGCCCAUGCCGUAACCAUCUCCGAGGGCCGCACAUUCGAAGACUCCACAAUCAAAGAGCGCUAUGAGGGCGAGGCAGGCGAAGAAUGGAAGGAGAGAUUAUCCUGCAAAGUCGAGGGUCGCGAGUACGUGCCCGGUCAGGAGAAGAAGAAUAUCAACAACAACAACGCUCCUGCCUCGCGGUCAGGUACGCCCAUGAGUCUGAGUGGUGGUGUUGGUGUUACCGGUGGUGCGCGCACGGGAUCGCCUGCUGCAUCGUCGAUUCGCUCGCAUGAUAGCCAGCAUGGCGGCGGGGCGGCGACGAAGAAAGAGCUGAAUGAGGCUUAUUUUGCGAAGUUGGGGGGUGAGAAUGCGACGAGGUCGGAUGCGUUGCCGCCGUCGCAGGGUGGGAAGUUUACUGGUUUUGGGGGUGGUGUGCCUACUUCUUCGGCUGGGGAACGCCGGGCUUCGCCGUUUGGUGGGUUUGGAGGAUGGGGUGGUAGUGGUGGCGGUGGUGCUAGUGCUGGUGGACCGGCUCUUGAGGACCUGCAGAAAGAUCCAUUGGGUACUUUGACUAAGGGUCUUGGAUGGUUUGCGUCGACGGUGGGGAAGAGUGCGAAGCAAGUGAACGAAUCAUACCUACAACCCACGGCCAAGCAGCUCGCCGAAUCCGACUUCGCAGCCCAAGCCCGCACCCAAGCCGCAACAUGGGGCCAAAACCUGCAAACCGGCGUCCGCGGCGCCGCAGACCAAUUCAACCGCUUCGUCGAAGGACCCGACGACAACCGCACUGGCGGUGCUGGUGGUGCUCGCUCACGCGUCGAGCCCGAACGCCGCGACUUCUGGGACGACUUUUCAUCUCUGGGCUCGCAAGAGCGGAAUGGGCAUCAGCGGAGUGGCUCGCGGUCUGAUGUUAUCGGGACUACUGCUAUGCGGAAGGGUCCUGCGGCGUCGUCGUUGGCGAACUCUUCGACUCCUGUUUCGUCUGAGACGACGUCUGCUGCUGGGAAGGAGCAUGGGGAGAUUGGUGGCGGUGCUGGGACGUCGACGACGGCGAAGGGGAAGGAUGAGUGGGAUGAUAAUUGGUAG